AUAAAAUUCCAAGUAAUCAAUUACAACCUUCUUCCCAUCUUCCCCUUUGUCUACUCUCACUCUAAACACUCUCAAACAUACUUUCAGUAGCCAAAGAUCCACACCCUUUUCCACUUUUUCAACCACCAAACACCCCGACACCAAAUCAAAACCGUUAAAAAAUGUCUACACACACAAAGACAGAUUCCGAGGUAACAAGCUUAACAGCCUCAUCACCAACAAGAUCACACGGCCGGCCAGUUUACUACGUACAAAGCCCGUCACGCGACUCGCAUGAUGGCGAAAAAACCACCAACUCGUUCCACUCAACCCCUGUCCUAAGCCCCAACGGGUCACCCGGUCGUCAGUCCCGGAACUCGUCUUCCACCCGAUAUUCCGGAUCGUUCAGACCCGGAUCCAGAAAAGACAGACAGCACCAACGGAAAGGCGAGAAAGGAUUCGAUGCGAUCGAGGAAGAAGGACUCUCCGAUGAAUCCGGUCGGACCGGCAUUCCUCGUAGAUGUUAUUUUCUGGCUUUUGUUGUUGGCUUUUUUAUUCUCUUCACGUUUUUUAGUCUCGUGUUGUGGGGUGUUGCUAGACCGCAAAAGCCCGUGAUCACCAUGCGGAGUAUUGCAUUUGAUCAAUUUGUGGUCAAUGCUGGGGCGGAUGCGACUGGGGUAGCCACGGAGAUGGUGACACUAAACGCUACCGUGAAAUUUAAUUUUCGCAAUCGGGGUACGUUUUUUGGCGUCCAUGUAUCUUCCACGAUGCUAGAUCUUGCGUACACUGAGCUAACUCUGGCCACCGGAACGAUCAAGAAGUUUUAUCAAUCAAGAAAGGGUCACAGACUCGUGAGUGUGAACGUGCACGGUGUAGGUGUCCCAUUGUACGGUGGUGGUGUGAACUGGAGCAGCGAGAACGGUAAACUAACUGCACCAGUGCCGCUGAACCUAAAUUUCACGAUUAAAGCCAAGGCUUACGUGCUAGGGAAACUGGUGAAGCCAAAGUUCUACAAAAAGGUGUCGUGUGCCAUUGUUUAUAAGCCCGCCAAGGCUGUUAACACGCCGGUUUCUCUCAAGAACUCUUGUUCUGUUGAGUAGGUUUAGUGAGCGUGUGAGAAUCCGUUAUAAAAAAAAGUUUUAAAAAUUACACUCGAAAGAAUUUGAAAUAGAAAGAAGAUGCAGAGAGCCGUUGAUCUGAUUGGCCUUUGAAACAUCGUCGGUGACCUUUGGGAAUAUUAAAUUUUUGUUUGAUGUUUUUAUGGGACUAGUGAGUUUUAUAUUUAUUAUCUUUUUUUUAUUUUUGGAUUUUGUUUGAUUGUUUGGAGUUCGAUGAAUGUCAACAACCAGAUGCAAUAACGCCCAAACAAAGAAACAAAGUAGUCUGUGUUUGUAAUUAAAGUUUUAUAGUGUUUAUUGAAGUCAGAGAAACAAUGCUCACUUUAACAAA